GUUGGACCGAGUCUUGGCCGGCGCGCUCACAAAGCCUGAACACUUGAAGUCGCACUUUGGGUUGAAGUUUCAGUCGUACAUUGAAGAUUGUGAGUCGUGCGCUCGCCCGUUGCGUGGUCGUCUGCUUCUCAACUUUGUUGCUCGGGAAUUCGAUGCCGAUUCCACCUAUGGCACGGUUGUCUCCGAACUCGAGUUGUUGUCGCUACCUGCUCCCGAGGGUUCGAUGCAGUCUUUGAAGGCGUGGCGUGACAAGGUGAGGUACACCUUGUCUCAGUUGCCUACCGCCGACCGCCCCUCAGAUAAGCUGUUGCCCAAGUGGAUUUUCGAGAGGCUUAAGAAGGACAAGGCAGGCAAGGACAAGGGGAAAGGAAAGAAAGACGACCCGUUGUUCCAAAAGGCCAAGGAGGAAGGUGUUUGUACCCCGGCCCCUCAGGCAAAAGCCAAGGCGGCAGCCGCAAAGGCAACACCCAAGGCCGCAGCGGUAGCCUUAGUCCUCGCGGCGCUGACGUCGGGAGCCACUGCCUCUUCAGUGGGCUCCAGCUGCACUUUGGAUGUUCUCGGGGACACUGGGGCAGGCGAACACCUAGGUUCCAAAGAAGCGUUCUUACGCCAGGGUGUUUCGUCGAGCGUGGUUGACCAGUUCUGUGGUACUUCUUCUAGUCACGUUGCGUUUGAAACAGGUGGCGGGAAGAAACACUCGAAUCAAUCCAUAGGAGUUUGGUCUGAGUCGCUGAAGAACGUCGCAAACAUGUUCAUGCUGAAGUCGUGCCCUCUUGUGUAUUCCAUUGGUCAAUUUUUUAUGAACCAAGGGUAUAGCUUCUUCUGGCCAAGUGGUGAACUUCCCUACCUGAUUCCCCCUCACGUGGAUUACAAAAUGGAGGUUGAUGUUGAAGAGUGUAGGUUGGCCGAUCGGGUGGAACACUGUGUGCCCAUCUUCAAAGAAAGAGUCGAGCUUAUCUCGGGCAUGCCAGCCGGUCCUCUGGUUCCCUUAGUGCCACCCGACUUCAUCAAGAAGGCUUCGGAGUCGUCAGGUUGGGAAUCAUUUGGAGGUAGCCAACUUUGCACCACACACAAUCCUGAAAGGUUCCAGGUAGCGGAAGAUCACAGCAAAGCCUUGCGAAACACAUGGCUUCGUACCACUAAGGACCAGUGGUUUGAGGUAGAAAAUCAGGUGAAAUGGCAGGAGCUCGAGUGCCAGGAUGCGCCACUGCCUGUUGCAGCAGACAUCAUGGUGACGGAGUUCCACAACGGCCCACCGCCACCCUCAGGGGAGUCAGCGAAACUCGCGGUCCCCUGA